AUAAAUGUAAAUAUAAGUUCAGUCACAGCACUCCUUCCGAGCUGCUCUCUAUUCGGCUGUGUUAUUACUACAGACAAACAAACAAAAAAUUUUAUCUCUUGCUUGGCACUGACCUGAUAGCAUAGUCGUUCUCAACCCGAUUACGGCCACAAUGUGUUCGUUCGGUAAAUAUUCAAUCGCGGCAGUAGUGUUGCUUUUUUCGGUCCCGGUUAUUUGUCAAAAUAUUUUGUUCUUGCAAACCACACCGUCCAAAAGUCAUCAUAUAUGGAACAAGCAAAUAUUCGAUCGGUUGUACGAAAAUGGGUACAACCUAACCAUUUUGUCCUACGAAGAGGAACACUCAAUUCCCGGUAAAACGUUUUUUUAUGUUGCAAAUUUUUACGACAAAAUAAUGGCCCUCUACCAAAACAACGGCGGUAGUGAUGCAGACAGCGAGAUGACACCCAUUCAAAACAUUAUUAAUAUGUACGAUUUCUACGAAAAGGCAAGUGGAAUUCUGAUUACGGAAAAAGCCAUCACGCAACUGCUAGAUUAUCCUAGGUCAUUCAAGUUCGAACUUAUCAUUCAUGACUUCACGAUGGGGCAGUUUUUGCUCGGAUUCGUAGAAAGAUUUGGUAAUCCACCGCUGGUGUCAAUUUCAGCCUUCAACGCUCCCUCGUACACAGCGUGGUUGGCGGACAUCCCAACACGGGUAACCACCAUGCCGAAUUACGCUAGUAAUUUUGGGCCAAACAUGACCUUUCUGGAACGAUGCUGGAACCUAUUCUAUUGGACACUGGAUUACUUCUACCGGCAGUGGAUUUUCAUGUCUAAUGAAGAUGGCAGAGUCCGCGAGCUGUUCGGAAUGAACUCCUCGAGCACUACCCAGUUAGAGAAAAAAUCCGAAAUCGUGCUUGUGAAUAUGGAUUUUAGCAUGGACUACCAUCAGUCGUUACCUCCGAAUGUCAUUCCCGUGGGUGGAUUGCAUAUUUCUCGACAAGAGCAGCUCUCGCCCGAUUUGGAGGAGUUUCUUGAUCGCCCUAGCAAAGCGGUGAUACUUUUCAGCUUGGGUACCAACGUGAAGAGUGAAGGACUAGGACUGGACAUUAACAGGGCAAUUUUGGAUGCAUUCGUCAGCCUGCCAGAGUAUAAUUUUAUAUGGAAGCACGGUGAUCCCGUUUCGCUAGGGUCACUGCCAGCGAAUGUAUUCGUACGAAGUUGGAUUCCACAGGGUAAAAUUUUGUCAAGUGGCAAGGUUAGGCUGUUGAUCAGUCACGGCGGGUUGCUAAGCUUACAGGAAGCUGUUUGGUAUGGCGCUCCGGUUGUUGGCAUUCCAUUCUUCGCCGAUCAGUAUCAAAACGUUGACAAGCUGGUUCGUGCGGGUGUUGCACUGAGGCUUCCACUACCACAUCUGAAUCGGAACAGUUUGACAGAGGUUAUACAAGCGAUUCUGCAAAAUGAUAGAUAUCAUGAAAACAUGCUGCAGCGCUCGAAAUGGUUCAAAAACCAGCCCGAGAUGCCACUGGACCGUGCAAUCUAUUCGAUCGAAAAAGUUAUUCAAUGUAAGGGCUCGUUACAUCUGCAGUCACCCACAAACGGGAUGACACCGGUUCAAGCCUAUGGUAUAGACCUACUUGUAGGAGCUUUCAUUACCCUCGCACUUGUUCGUAAACUUGUCAGGCACUUGCUAUCUUCUGUCAAUAAACUGAGCUAAUUACUGUCAA